AAAACAUUAUGCGCGCUCCUGGUCGAAACGGAGAAGACUGAGAGAAGUGAAAAAGCGCAAAUAUUUAUCUGUCUGUAAAUUAGUACAUCGUUGAGCAAUAACUAGGUACACAAUGUCUGAAGAAAAGCCAAAGGAAGGAGUGAAAACUGAAAACGAUCACAUCAACCUAAAGGUUGCAGGUCAAGAUGGGUCAGUAGUCCAGUUCAAAAUUAAAAGGCACACUCCGCUCAGCAAGCUGAUGAAGGCGUACUGUGAAAGACAGGGUUUGUCAAUUAGACAGAUAAGGUUUAGGUUUGACGGACAGCCGAUUAACGAGACUGACACACCUGCACAGCUUGAGAUGGAAGACGAGGAUACUAUUGAUGUAUUUCAACAACAGACUGGUGGCUCCUCCCUCUCUGAGGCCCCUCCCUCUCUGAGGCCCCUCCCUCUCUGAGGCCCCUCCCUCUCUGAGGCCCCUCCCUCUCUGAGGCCCCUCCCUCUCUGAGGCCCCUCCCUCUCUGAGGCCCCUCCCUCUCUGAGGCCCCUCCCUCUCUGAGGCCCCUCCCUCUCUGAGGCCCCUCCCUCUCUGAGGCCCCUCCCUCUCUGAGGCCCCUUUUAAAGGUGUACGGACCCCUCUCCUCCUCUCUGAGAACGGAUACACUUGAAGAGCAGCAUCACUCAAAACAUUUUUUAUUUUCAAUAAUCAUUUAGCGUUAUAAAUCUAUUUUUUGUUUGAUUGAUCCGCUUCCCACCCAAGCCCUACAUGUUGUGAGGGGAGGCAGGGAUCUGUUUACAAUGGAAAACCAUGGCGUUAAGAAAGACGGGACUGUUAAGUGGGGUACAUUCACAUUCUCUACUCACUCGCUCAAUCCCCCUUCAUUCAUUGGUGCAGCAUGACUAAAGGGAGGUUCCACCAUACUCCUCACACCAUUCCAUUUAAAUGCAUGAGGUUGAGUGAAUGAGUGCAGGGUAGUGAAUUGGGACGUAGCCAUGAUCACAAGCUGGAUUUCAUGCUACCGAACCAUUUCUUGUUUAUAUGAACUAGAACUGUUUCAGAAUAUGUAUU